UGAGAAAAUGACCAUAUUUUCCUUCUUCACCAGAGCUUCACAGGCCUUCCAUGGCUACCCCGUUGCUUCCAAGCUUAUACUCGUCUCUACUCUCACUCUCAGUGCUGGAGGUCUUGUGGCAUACUCAGAAUCAGAGUCAGACAUAGGAUGUCCUGGAGGAGUUGUUGAUCAAAAUGAGAAUAGGAAAAAAAGAGUGGUGGUGCUUGGCACAGGAUGGGCUGGUACUAGUUUUCUUAAGGAUCUGGAUUCUUCGAAGUACGAUGUUCAGGUCGUUUCACCGAGGAAUUAUUUUGCAUUUACGCCCCUGUUACCUAGUGUCACUUGUGGGACGGUUGAAGCCAGAAGCAUUGUGGAGCCAAUUCGGAAAAUUAUAAAGAAGAGAAACGGGGAAGUUCAAUUUUUUGAGGCGGAAUGUGUAAAGAUAGAUGCUUCGAAUAAGAAGAUUAUGUGCAGGUCAAAUAUAGAUAAUAAUUUGGUGGGAAAUGAUGAGUUCUCCCUGGAAUAUGAUUACUUGGUUAUAGCGAUUGGAUCGCAAGUAAAUACGUUCAAUACGCCUGGUGUCAUAGAGAACUGCCAUUUUCUCAAGGAAGUAGAGGAUGCUCAGAAGAUCCGUAGGAGCGUGAUAGAUUGCUUCGAAAAGACUAUCCUUCCUGGCCUAAGUGAAGAAGAGAGGAGGGCCAAUCUUCAUUUUGUUGUUGUGGGAGGGGGUCCUACUGGUGUGGAAUUUUCAGCAGAGCUGCAUGACUUUUUGGAAGAAGAUCUGUACAAGCUAUAUCCUGGGGUUAAGGAUCUUGUGAAGAUCACUGUGAUCCAAUCAGGAGAUCAUAUCUUGAACACGUUUGAUGAAAGAAUUAGUUCUUUUGCUGAGAUGAAAUUUGCCAGAGAUGGUAUUCAUGUGCAAACAGGAUGUCGGGUUGUUAGUGUUUCUGACAAGGAAAUUACAAUGAAGGUGAAAUCAACUGGAGAGACCUGCUCCGUUCCCCAUGGAUUGGUUGUAUGGUCCACUGGCAUUGGGACUCGUCCAGUUGUGAGGGACUUCAUGGAACAAAUUGGGCAGGGUAAAAGACGCAUUCUAGCAACUGAUGAAUGGUUGCGCGUAAAAGGGUGUGAAAAUGUUUAUGCCAUUGGUGAUUGUGCUACAAUUGAUCAACGUAAAAUCAUGGAAGAUAUAGCAGCCAUAUUUGAAGCUGCGGAUGAGGACAAAUCCGGUUUCUUAACUGUUGGCGAGUUACGAGCUGUUCUAGAUGACAUCAUCAUUAGGUACCCUCAGUUUGAUCUCUAUCUAAAGAGCAAGCAUUUGGCAGAUGUGACAGAUCUGUUGAAAGAUUCUGAGGGGAAUGAAAGGAAGGAAGUGGAUAUCGAAGGAUUUGGAUUAGUCCUUUCUCAUGUGGAUUCACAGAUGAAAAGUCUGCCUGCAACUGCACAGGUUGCUGCUCAGCAGGGUUCGUAUCUUUCUAGGUGCUUCAACCGCAGGGAUCAUUUCGAAAAGAAUCCUGAAGGUCCGCGUCGUUUUAAAGGUUCUGGCCACCAUGUGUUCCGCCCCUUCCAGUACAAGCAUUUUGGGCAAUUUGCUCCUUUGGGAGGAGAGCAAGCUGCAGCGGAAUUGCCUGGGGACUGGGUAUCAAUGGGUCAUAGCACUCAGUGGCUCUGGUAUUCUGUAUAUGCAAGCAAGCAAGUGAGCUGGAGAACUAGGGUGCUUGUGGUAUCUGAUUGGACGAGGAAGUUCAUCUUUGGGAGAGAUUCAAGCGGCAUCUGAGCCACUGAAUGCGGGACCUGUAAAUUGUAAUAGAGCAUGUUUGUUUCACACGUUUAAAAUUAUGAUUCUGAUUCUGCUUCAGUAUUUUUUUCUUACAAAAAAUUUGAAUAAAAAAAAUUCCCGCUAAUGAUUGUCUUAUAAAAUUUGAAUUUAUAAUCAAAAUCACCAAUUUAAACGCAUGAACCAA